AUGUAAAUAUUUGAAGAUGGAAUAAUAUAAGUUAGAGCGAAAAACGUAAAUAAUAUUUAUAACUUUUAAUUAGAUGAUGUUGUUGGUUAAAUAUAACUUAUAAAUGAAAACCUUUCUAAUGUAAACAUUGAAGUUUAAAAUGUGAAUUCAUGGCAAAUAAAGACUCCUUAAAUGACUAUAGAUUUGUAGAUAAACCCUUUGAAAAUAACUUUUUAUUAGGAAAAUAUCGAAGUUAUUGAAAUAAAUUCAUUUUUUUGUGACGGUCUUCUUUAUUGUACCACAUUAGUUAAUUCCUAAUAUCUUUUUGGAAUUCCUGAACAUCCUGGUUCUUAUAAUUUAGAUGAUACCUUUCACGAUAAACCUUAUCGAUUGUAUAAUUUAGACAGAUAUUGUUGGCCUAUCGGCUCUAAAGAAAGUUUAUAUGGAACAGCUCCUAUUUUGGUUACUAAAACUAAAGAUAUGAUCGGUGGCUUUUUUUGGAGAAACUCAUCUGAAACAUACAAUGAUGUGGAAGCUGUUGAUAAGAAUUUUGAUUAAUAUGGAAUUCCUUAUGAUGUUAUUUAUUUAGAUAUAGACCAUUGCUUCAAUAAAAGAUAUUUCACAUUUGAUUAGGCUUUGUAUCCUAAUGUAGAUGAUAUGAUCAAAAAACUAGAUUAAAAGGGAAGAAAGUUAGUUACUAUUGCAGAUCCUCAUAUUUUAAUUGACUAAGAUUAUUCUAUCUAUACAGAAAGUUAUAAUCAACCUAAUUUCUUUAUAAAAAAUCCUGACGGUGUGACUAAUUUUGUGGGAAAAUGUUGGCCAGGAGAUUGUAAUUGGUUAGACUUUUUGAAUUAAGAUGUAUAGAAAUUCUGGCAAAAUUUAUAUAGUUAUGAAAAAUAUAAACAUACAUCAAGAAUUGUACAUGCCUGGAAUGAUAUGAACGAACCUGCAGUUUUUAAGGGUAUUGAAGAAACAAUGGCUAAGGAAAAUCUCCAUUAUGUUAAAAAUAAAUAAACUGAAUAUUAAGUUCCACACACUUUUGUUCAUAAUCUUUAUGGUUAUUGUUAAUCUAAGGCUACUUAUGAAGGUAUAUUAAAUAGAGAUUCUCCUAAUGAGUAAUAAAGACCUCUUGUUUUAACAAGAUCAUGGUGGGUGGGAACUUAAAAAUAUGCUGCUAUAUGGACUGCUGAUAGUGAAGCUACUUGGAAUUAUUUAAAUGUUCAUAAUCCUAUGCUUCUUUCUUUUAGUACAACUGGAUUUUCUUAUUGUGGAGGAGAUGUUGGAGGCUUUGAAGGAAAUCCAGAAAAUAAAUUACAUAUAAGAUGGUUUCAAGCAGGUGCGUUUUAACCGUUCUUUAGGGGUCACAGUUCUACUUUUUGUGAAAGAAGAGAGCCUUGGCUAUAUGAUGACGAUACUUUGUAAGGAAUAAAAAACGCAAUUUUAACCAGAUAUGAGUUUUUGAUUUAUUGGUAUAGUGAGUUUUAUAAUCAUGUAAAAACAGGAAUGCCUGUAAUGAGAGCUUUAUGGAUGAAUUAUCCUGAAUUAGAAAAUAUUUUUGAUGAAGAAUAGAUUUAUAUGCUUGGAAAAAAUAUUUUAGUUGCUCCUAUUGUCGAAGAAAAUCAAAAUUAAGUUUUUUUGAGAAAUUUACCUGGACUUUGGUACGAUUAUAACAAUCAUUAUUAAAUUACAGAUACAUCUUAAAAGCAUAGUGUUACUGAUAUAAAUCAUAUACCUAUCUAUAUUAGAGGAGGAUCUGUCAUUUUAUAUUAUAAUAUACUUAAAAAUAAGAGUUUUAAAUCUAGUAAAGAUAUUAAGGAAAACUGUUCAAUGUAUAUCGUUAUUUGCCUAGAUGAAAAAUAAGAAGCUGAAGGAGUCUUUUUCAUGGAUGAUGGAGAAUCAUUUAAAUAUGAAAAAGGUUAAGAAUUUUGUUUAACUACUUUUAAAUUUAGAGAAAAUGCUCUUAAUAUUAAUGUUUAAAAUAAAUAUUAAAAUUAAUAUUGGAAAACAAAUGUCGAUUAUAUUGUUGUUUGUGGUUAUAAAUAAUUAGAUAAAGUAAUGAAAAAGCCACAUGUAGUAAUAAGCUAAAAUAAUAUACUUAUUUAAAGCUUAAACAUAGAUCUUAAUAAAAACUCAAAUAAUACGUUAUUCCAUUUAAAUUGAGUUAAUAUAAUUAAGUGGAAUAUUUAUAAAAAACAAAAACCAAUAAUAUUUAAUUUUAUAUAAUAGUUUUUUUAAAUUUAUUUAUUUUUC